AUCCCAUGGCAAGCACAUGAGCCUAUGUUCUCACUCUUGAAAUUAAGCUCCUUUAACUCUCAUUUGUGUGGCUGGGAGAGCCCUGGGCCCCUGCAGUUCUUCCCUUGUCUGAACCUGCCCUGACAGCUCUGGCAAAGCCAGGAAGGCUUUGGUGGGCAGUGAAGGCACCCAGCCCUUUGCAGAUGUGCUUAGCACUUAACAGGAUCAGCCCCUCAGCCCCUUGUGUGGUGUCCAUCACCUCAGAUGCCUCAGCAUCCCUGAAAGUGCGCGACGCCCACCACAUGUGAUCAGCCCCAUAAGCUGCUUUCACCUCACCUCAAAUGUUUGCUGUGCUGAUAAUCCCAACGGGGUGUCAUAUAAAGGAGCCCCUUGUUCAGGGCAAAAGGGAGGAAUGCUCUUCCAUAAGGAAAUCAGGGAGUUGACAGAGAUGUAAAGCUAAAGGUUUGCAAGAUUGCUUUUGCUUGGCCAAAUGUUGUGAGGUUUCAGGGUUGCUUUUGGAGAUCUUGGUGUUUAAAGUUAGUUAUUCAGCAGGUGGUCUGGCAGCAGCUGUAUACGGAAAAGCAGCUUCCAGUCAGCUAUCAGCAUUUUAGCUUUUUUUGUUUCUUCUCCAGUCGUUGCUUACUCCUGUUUUAGCAAAUGUAACACCAGAAUCAAGUCCCUUCCUGGGAUGAAAACCUGCAAGUUCAUCAGCCAAGAUGGAGCUUCAGUUUUGGCCUGAUUUUGUGUCAUUCUCGAAAAAGCUGAAUGGUCGGAUGCUCUUGGUGGUUCUGGUCUUGUCUCUUUUGAUUAUUGACCUAGUGAAAAAGAGACGACCCAGGAAUUUCCCUCCAGGGCCGCAGCUCUUUCCUCUCGUGGGAACCUUUGUGGACUUUAAGCAGCCCCUCCAUCUUGCACUGCAGAAGCUUACGGGUCGGUAUGGGAACAUCUUCAGCGUGCAGUUUGGAAGUCUGACAUUCGUGGUGGUCAACGGGUACCAGAUGGUGAGAGAAGCUCUUGUCCACCAGGCUGAAAUAUUUGCUGACCGGCCAAAUAUUCCACUCCUCCAAGAAAUAUUUAAAGGCUUUGGGCUUAUAUCAUCCAACGGGCACAUAUGGAGGCAGCAGAGAAAGUUUGCUUUAGCAACACUGAAAAGCCUUGCUGUAAAUUUUGAGGAAAAAGUGCAAGAGGAGAGUCGGUACCUCGUGGAGACAAUUGAGGAGGAGAAAGGACAGCCCUUUGACCCUCAUUACAAAAUUAACAGUGCUGUUUCAAACAUCAUCUGUUCCAUAACUUUUGGGAGCCGCUUUGACUACCAUGACAACCGUUUCCAGGAACUGCUGCACUCCCUGGCUGAAACGCUGCUGCUCAUCGGAAGUUUCUGGGGCCAGCUUUAUAAUGCUUUUCCUUUGAUCAUGAGAUGGUUGCCAGGACCCUUCAGGAAAAUCUUCAGGCACUGGGAGAAACUUCAAUAUUUUGUGAAAGGCGUGAUUGCGAAGCACAAAGAGGAUUUGGACCAGUCCGAGGCAGGAGAUUAUAUUGACUGCUACCUGAAGGAAAUAGAAAAGUUUAAGGGUGACACCAGCUCCUACUUCCAUGAGGAAAACCUGCUGUGCUCCACCUUGGACCUGUUCUUAACUGGGACAGAGACAACGGCGACCGCCAUCCGCUGGGCUCUGCUCUACAUGGCCGCAUACCCCCACAUUCAGGAGAAAGUGCAGCAGGAGAUCGACGCCGUGGUCGGGCAGUGCCAGCAGCCCUCGAUGGCCGACAAGGAGAAGAUGCCCUACACCAGCGCCGUGCUGAGCGAGGUGCUGCGCGUGGGCAACGUGGUGCCCCUGGGGGUGCCCCGCAUGGCCACCAGCGACACCACCCUGGCUGGCUUCCACCUGCCCAAAGGCACCACCCUGAUGACCAGCCUGACCUCGAUAAUGUUCGACAAAAACGUGUGGGAGACUCCCGACACCUUUAAUCCUGAACAUUUCCUGGAAAACGGCCAGUACAGGAGGCGGGAGGCUUUUCUGCCCUUCUCUGCAGGUAGGAGGGCUUGUCCCGGGGAGCAGCUCGCCAGAACCGAGCUCUUCAUCUUCUUCGUGGCCCUGCUGCAGAAGUUCAGCUUCCAGGCCCCAGCUGAGGCCGCGCUGUCCUUCGCCUUCACGCUCAGCCUCACGCGCUGCCCUAAACCCUUCCAGCUCUGCGCCGUGCCCCGGCACUGAGCCGGCCUGGCUGCCCCACAGCCCCCCUCAGCCUCACAAACUGGGACAUCCCCCUCUCCUGACCACCCCAGAGAUUCUGGGCUGAAAUGAUGGGCCCUGGAGGUCCAGCACCCGCCGCUAUCAAGAUGUCAGGGGAAGGGCACAUGGGCCACAUCCUGCCCGCUGCAGCAAACAAUGGGGCUCUUCCCUUCACCUCAUUCCUACUCCCUGCUACCAGUCUGAUAAAAUGCAUAGAUUUAAAAGCCUUAUUCCCUAAUUUCCACUGUCAGCAAUUCCCAGAAAGGUGUCUGCCAGCUGCAAAAGCAUGGUUUGAUGUUGACUUUUCCAUGGGGAAUAUGUCCAUCACCCAGAAACCACUUAGCAACACCUAAUGCUGCAGCACCCAAAUAGCCAAGGGCUCCUGAGGUGUCCCUGCUCAGAGCGAGCUCCUGGCCUUGGACACAAGCCCUGGACUCAAGACUCAGCAUCAAUUUGGGCUUUAAGGUGGCCACAGCCAACGCUGAGCCUCAGGAGGAUUGGGCUCAGGGUGGGCGAAACUCCCUGCAGCACCACAUUGCUGCUGUGUGAUGGAAAUCACAGAAUCAAGGAAUAGUUUGGCUUGAAAGGGACCUUAAAGAUCAGCCCCUCUGCCAUGGGCAGGGCCACCUUCCACAAAAUCGGGUUGCUCCAAGUCCCGUCCAGCCUGGCCUUGGACACUUCCAGGGAUAAAAGAUAUCUAAAAUAUAAAAUAGAUCUUUGCAGCAGCAGCAGCAAGAAUUAUUUUUUUUUUGAUCUCAAAGAGUAUAUGGGAAUUUUAAUUACAAGGCUACAGGGGAGUAGAAGCUGCUUCUACCACAGCCCAGCCCCAGCGGGAUGGCACAAGGAGCUGUGCUUUCACCAGGUCUGGAAGGGCUA